AUGACAAUAAUAUACAUCUUUUUCCUACUUAUUUCUUCUGUAUCAUCAAUAUUACUUGAUAUUCGUUAUCCACAAUUUUUUCAUCAAUCAUUACAUGAUUCAGCUAUAGAAAUAAGUGAAGGCAAAGUUUCUGGUAGUUUUAUUGCAUUUAUUAAUUUAAUCAAUGAUACAAAUAUAAUAUUAAAUGAAUGGAUAUUAAAUACAACAAAUUCAGAUUUUAAAAUUCAAUCAAAUGGUAUAUCAUAUGUAUUAAUCAAUACUCAAAUACUUGAUCGUGAACGUGUAGAUUUCUAUGAUUUUUCUAUUAUUGCUCAACAUCUUAUUCCAUCAUUUGAACAAAUUUCAAAAAAUAUUCGUAUACGUAUACUUGAUAUUAACGAUUGUACACCUACAUUUAAUCAAACAACAUAUCAAGUCACAUUUAUAUCGAAUGAAACAAGUUUUACUGUAACUGCAUUUGAUUGUGAUGAACCAAAUACGGAAAAUAGUCGAAUAUCAUAUUCAUUAUCAAAUUAUCAAGAUUUAUUUCGUAUUAAUGAAAGUACGGGUCGUAUUGAAUCGAUUAAAACAUUACAAACUUAUGAACGUUAUGAUAUAAUUGUUGUUGCACGUGAUCAUGGCAAACCAUCGUCCUUAUCAUCAACAACAUUAGUACAAAUUCAAUUAGCAUCAACAAAAUCUGAGCCACGAAAUUCUUCAUUAUGGUUUCAAUAUGAACAAAAUUCAAGGAAUAUGUUUCUAUUAGCUGGUAUAUUAGCUAGUUGUUUUGUAUUUCUUUGUUUAUUAAUAUGUUUAAUAUGUUGUAUUAAUUAUAAAAUUAAACGACGAAAACAAGAAAAUUUUAAAGAAAAAAAAUUUUCAUCAACAGCAACAAUUAAUUCAACAAAUGAUUUUCAACAAACAUCGGUUUAUGAUGCUAUUAAUAUCUUUCCAAAUACAUAUUAUUUACCAGUGGAACAAUCAACAGAAUUUAUUGAUAAUAGAAAUAAUUCAAAUAAUAAUGAAAUAUCUUUACAAAUACCUCAAUCAUCAUCAACAACAAGUAGUCCGAUAUCAGCAAAUGAUGUUGGUACGAAAAUCGGAUCAGAUGAUGGUUGUUAUUGUUCAAGUGAUAUGUCAUCAGAACAAUCGAAUAAUAUUCUUUUACUUAAUCCAUCAUCGCUUACAUUGUCAAGUUUUAAAUUAUCAUCGAAACAUGUUCGAUUCAAUGAAAAUAAUAAUAUCGAUGGAGUUUUAAAACGUUUUGAAAAUCUUUAUGGAUCUCAGGCAAAUACAGACCAUUGUGCUUCUUAUGUCUAA